AUGGUUAACUUUUGUGCAGUAUUUGGUUGCUCAAACCGUUCAAACAGAGAAAAGGACAAAAGUUAUUUUCGCAUACCUGCAAUUGUCACCAGAUCGAACGCUAAAAAGCGAGCUUUAAGCAUCGAACGUAGAGCGACUUGGCUCUCUAGGAUCCGAAGAGAAGAUCUAGGGGCUGAUCCCAGUGAAUUUCAUAGAGUUUGCGGGGACCAUUUUAUUUCAGGAAAACCGUCGUCGAUUUAUGAUAAGGAAAACCCAGACUGGGCACCAAAUCAGAAUCUUGGUUAUGAUUUCCGUGGCGUUUCAGUGACUAGCAAUGAAAGAUAUGAAAGAUCACAAGGAAGGAUUGAAAAGCGAAGGAGGAGUGAAUGUGCUAGUGCUCUGCUAGAACUGUCCUGUCACCAACCAUCAGAUGGCACAGAGAUGCUCUUUAUUAAACCCUACCAAUGA